AUGUUUACUUUGAAGCCCUACCCCGCCCUGUUGGCGCUGGUAGUCUUGCUGGUCUAUGCCAGACCAGCCCUGGCGUUUGGUGCUGGCAACAUCGCCUCUAUCUCCAAGGUUGAGGGCCAGAACUGGCGCCAUGGCGAUAUCGAGGAUACUCUGCUCACUCUUCUUCUGGCCCGUGCCGCCGGCGGCAAGAAGUUUGACAAGCUUGCUGUCUCCCGUGUCUACUUUGGAAACUGGCUCCGUGACUACUCGCAGGCUAUCGAUGUGGGAACGGUCAAGUCUGUCUCGGCCGAGGCCAUUCGCCUUUUGCUCUGCGUUCUCGGUUUCUUGACCUUUGGCUACGGCUCCAAGGAAUUCGAAGUCACUGCAGAUCGCCUGGGCACUUACCGUCCCGAGGACCACAUUGAUAACCCCAAGGGAUACCCUGCCCCUGGAGUUGAUGCUCGCGACUAUGACAAACGACUCCGUGGACCCAUCGACGAGGAGGUUGAACUUGCCGUCGAUGAGCGGACCGGCCUCAAGAACUACAUCGCAAACGAGGAUGUCAACAUCAUGACUACUGCCUUGCAUAUCAGAAAGCUCUUUGGCCGUUGCAUUGAGCUCGGACGUUCAUACAACCAGAACCGAAACAAGGAUGACUUCUACGAGGCUCUGAGACUCAUGGGAACUGGUCUCCACGCAUGCGAAGAUUUCCUUGCCCACAGUAACUACACCGAGCUGGCUCUUAUCGAGUUGGGUGAGCGCGAUGUCUUCCCUCACGUUGGUCGUGACACCAAGAUGCGCAUUGAAGGCGUCCGCCACGAAGUCUACCCCUGUAUCACCGGUACUUUUGGCGGUGUCGAUUUCUUGCAUUCUGUGACUGGAGAAGUCUCCGACAAGCUGACGCAGAAUGAAAUUGAUGAGCUUGAGGGUACCUUGACCAACAACUCCAAGAACGACACUAGCUACAUUGCAGACCUGUUGGACAAGAUCCCUGACGGUCUCAUUGGCGGCUCCGGCGACAAGAAGCAGCAGAUGCAAGAGAUCCAGGAAAACGCAAACAACUCGCAGAUGGAGAACGUCUCGGUCUCGCCUCGUGACCCGGAAGAGUUCACUGUUUACGUUCAGAACAUCUUCAAGCAGAUAAUGCCUGCCAUUGAGUUCCACGAUGAGCUUCUGAAGAGCAUCAGCGAGGCUAUUGAGAAGAUUCCCGUCCUGCCCAAGCUCAUUGAGAACCUCGAGGAGCAAAUGUCUGUCUGGGUCUUCUCCAUCAUGGCACCCAUGGUCGUCCCCGUCCUCCAGCAGAUCAAGAACGAGCUGCGAACUGGCUCUGCCGAGAUCAUUGCCAGCAGUGAAAAUGAGCAGCACAUUGUCUUCAACGACGACAACUGCUCUGACCCUACCCACUCCAUGUUGUCCAAGGACCACUUCUCCAACAUCCUCAAUGAGGCUGCUGGCAAGACUGCCAGCAAGGUGGUUGGGUGGGUUGUUCCGCAGUUGAUGGAGGCUUGGGAUGAUGAGAGCGUCGACGUUGAUCGUCUGAUGAACCGCAUCAUCACUGGUGUCAUGCACCACCCCGCUCAGCGUGACCAGGGUGAGGAUGGCGCCAAGGACUGCAGAGAGAUCAUGAUCCGCUCUGUUGAGGACUGGUGGAACCAGAAGGAUGACUCCGAAAAGGAUGAGUUCCGUCGCAAGUUGUCACGCGAGGGUGUCCAGAACGGUGAGAACCACAAGGAGGGUGUUCACGAUACUGGUCAUGGUUGUGGCAAGCCUCUUGGCAUGCACAAGAACUUUGCCGAGGGCGGAACCUUUGAGGACCGCAUUGCCGGCGCUGCCGCUGACGCUAUCGUCGGUGGCAUUACGGGUGGCAUUUCCGACGCCGUUGAGUCCCAGACCGGCAUCUCGCUGCCGACUAGCGGCUCUGGAUCGUCUGGCCGUCGUCAAGACGAGUCAAGCGAGGGUGGUCUAGGUGGCCUCCUAAGCAAGGUUGGAGGAUCUUUCCUCGGAGGCUUCAAGAAGGACGAAGAGGAGUCCUUCUCCAGCCGUCGCGAGGAUGACAACUCCUACACUGAGUCUCGCACAGAAUACGGACACUCUGGCAACCGCUACGGCCAAGCCGAAGUCUCCCGAACCGAGUACUCUGGCGGUGGUGAAUCCGAGAGCUACAUGCGGUAUGAGCAAAACGAAGACCGCCGAGGUAACACAAGUAGCCACGGCUACGAGGAGCGCACCGAGACUCGUCCUAGCCACGGCGGCGGCUAUGAGCAGCGCACUGAGCGCCGAUGGGAAGACAACGGAAACACAUACGAACAGCGAGAGGAAAGCUCUUGGGGCGGUGGCCGACGUGACGAGGGCGGUCGUGACGACUUUGGCGGCGGUGAACGCCGUGAAGAGGGCUUCGGUGGAGGCUUCGGAGGCGGUCGCCGCGACGACGACUUUGGUGGCCGCCGCGAGGAAGGCUUUGGCGGCGGUUACGGAGGUGGCCGCCGUGAUGAUGAUUUCGGUGGUCGUCGUGAUGACGACUUUGGUGGCCGCCGUGAGGAAGGAUUCGGUGGCGGUCGUCGCGACGACGACUUUGGUGGUCGCCGCGAGGAGGGUUUCGGCGGUGGCUUUGGCGGUGGUCGUCGUGAUGACGAGCGCCGCGAUGACGGCGCAGGCGAAUUUGUGGAUGGAGCUCUCGAUAUGGCCGGCCGCUUCAUGGGCGGUGGUGACCGUCGCGAUGGUGGAGAACGCCGCGGCGGUGGUGGCUGGGGCUUCUAG